AUGGAUGAUAAAUUAAAUGUUUCCCAGAUUACUUUUUCUGGAUAUGUGGAAAUUAACAAAUACAGAUAUUUGUUAUUUUUUGUUUUGUUUGCACUAUUUAUCUUAAUAAUAUUAAGCAAUUUUACUAUUGUGUACCUCAUCUGGAUUCACAAAAACCUCCAUGAGCCGAUGUACAUCUUUAUUGCAGCUGUGUUACUUAACUGUGCUCUUUACAGCAUCACUGUUUACCCAAAACUCUUGAUUGAUGUUUUGUCAGAAAAACAGAUCAUAUCUUAUUCAGCCUGUCUUUUCCAAUUUUUCAUGUUUUACUCUAUAGGUAGUUCUGAAUUCAUACUCUUAGCAGCAAUGGCUUAUGACAGAUAUGUGUCUAUAUGUAAACCUCUGAGAUAUACAACGAUCAUGAGGAAAACUACUGUAAAUAUUUUCCUGGUUCUAUCUUGGUCUCUGCCUGCUUGCCAAAUUGCAGUUCAGGCAAUACUGAGUGCUGAAGCUAAAAUAUGUAACAUGGAAUUAAAAGGAAUAUUCUGUAACAACAUAAUCUUUACACUUCAGUGUGUAAGCUCAAGAGCAAUCACCGUAUUUGGUAUAUUUAUUUUACUAGAGGUUGUAUUACUUCCUGUGCUUUUCACAAUUUGUACAUAUACAAAGAUACUUUUAAUAUCUUAUCAAAGUUGUAAAGAGUUCAGGAGAAAGGCUGCUGAGACCUGUUUACCUCAUUUGUUGGUUUUAAUAAGCAUCUCUUGGUUUUCUGCAUAUGAGGUAAUUAUAGCUCGUGUAGAAUCAGAAUUACCAAAAACUGCACGUUUAAUAUUGACAUUGCAAGUUAUUCUAUAUCACCCUUUGUUUAACCCAGUCAUCUAUGGAUUUAAAAUGAAAGAAAUUUCUAAACAUCUAAAAAAAUUGUUCAGGUCAACCAAAGUCUAA